CCAGAGGGCCAGUGGGGGGGGGUUGAUCUUCGGGGCACGUACGCUCUUGUGGUUCGAUUGAUUUGGGACGCUGUAAAGAUGUCAGUGGUCAGGGCGUCGACGCCAACGCGUCAGCGUCGCCGCACCGGCCCGCGGACGCCACCCGGCUUUGCCACGAAUACCCUGUUUUCGGACGACGAAGAUGCUGAUCGCUCAGUGGCCAGCGAGUAUGAGAACCAGGCCGAAACUUUUGCCAGCGUACUCCACUCGCGCAUCAACAUUGCAACCCCUAAUACCAGCAGCAGCAUCAGGCAUGUGCAAACCACGACCGAGCUGCGUCGUGUGGACAACGACCUGGGCAUUCUCAGCGAGGACGAGCUGGAGUUGGGUCCUAAUGAAACUCUUCUCUACGAUGAUGAUGGCCCCAUUGUCUAUGAGCGGCGGGUUCACCGCGUCCUGCGCAAUACCAGUGAAGACGACUCCGCCAGUGCUCAGACGGAAUCCGUCGGUCGCAGCCCACAUGCCUUUGCUCCCCGUAUCAUUGAUUCGGCCCUUCUUGCAGCGCGUUACCAACAAGAGCGGACCUCGCUUGACGACGUCGACAAGGCACUGCAGUCGUUAAUUCAAGCCAGAACCCAGGCGGAGGCUAGCGCCCAUUCACAAACGGAGAGACCCAAAGGUCACUUCACAAUCUGCAAGCAAAUCAAGGCAUGUGUCUCUAGCAACCUCAUUAUGCUCCGGGAUAAAUUGGCACGCCUGGAAGCACAGCAGACUAACUUUACCCAUCAGCAACUACAUGUCCGCGAUGCACUCAAUUCGCAAGCCCAGAUUAUGCGUCAGACCAUGAUGACCAUGGCAGAAGCUCAGUUUGUCAACAAGCAAAAGGCUUCAAAUGCCUCUCGCUCCGCAGCCGCUUGCCCCAAGUGCCCAUCGUGUCCCACCUGCCCCACCUGCCCCACCUGCCCCAACUGCCCAACCAAUGCCCCGACAAAAGCGUGCCCAGAAACAGCCCCGGCCCCACCAAGCCCUUUGGUCAAUCUAGCCAGCUACGCUCGCGGGGCUCGGAUCAUUGAGACUCAUUGUGCAAGAGCACGUAGCUCGAGCUGGCGCUCUCGUUGGGAAAGUCUUUUCUCAAUGCAGCCCGACCAAUCUGCUCGGGCCAUGCUGAGCGAUUCUAUGGAACCAAAGCAGUGUUGGGCCUUCCGCGGGGCUGCAGCCACUGCGCUCAUUCAACUGGCUGCACCCACGCACGUGGAGAGCGUGGCACUUUCGCAUGUGGCGCAGGCUGCACUCCCAGCAUCACACAAUCAGUCGAGUGCGCCGCGACGUUUCCGCGUCUGGGCUGCAGGAAAUUCCGCUGCUCCAGCCAUGCCUGCAGCUCACAAAAUGCUGCUCGAGGCGGACUUUGAUCCAGCGCGCUCCCCGCAAAGCUUUGCCAUCCCUGCAGUGCAUCAGCACGAGGCUCGCUUUAUCAAACUGGAGAUUCAGAGUAAUCACGGAAAUGAAUAUACUUGCGUCUAUUCCUUUCAGGUCAACGGCCGAGCGACGCUAGUCGCGUGAAAGAUUCAUGCGAUCGCACGUUGGCCAGCGGUUGCAAAGUCGUCGUCGUCCUGGGUCACCUGCUGCGACCAACCUAGCUUCUCUAUCAAUGUAACGGCGCUCACCCCCCAGUGUGCAUCAUAUACCCGGUGGGCAUCUUUCUUCCCUGUGCUUUGCGACGCGUUUCAUUCCAAACAAUCAAUCCAGACGCUUG